CGUCUGCAAGCAGCGUUAUGAGAAAUACGAGUUCCUGUUUCAGUGUCAAACUUUUCUUGGAUACGUGACCUUCUAUUUCUUAUUCUGAGCAGACGCACAUCGUAAUGUUGUAUUUUCAAUGUCCUUUUGGGUGUACAUUUUUUUGAUGUGGCUAUGGUCAUUGCAGCUGCUCAGAUCAGCCUUUUCAAACUCCGACCCGUCAGAAGAAAGCCAAAGUGGUGCUUCCACAUUGGAACUUGAUCUGCUGCAGCCUUACCUCACGCACCAUGGCCCACUUCACCGGCGCCAGAGAGACACUGUGAAGUGUCAGCAUGUUCGUUAUGGUAACACUACCUAUUCUAUGCACCCAGUACACAAAAACAUUUCUGCAGCAGUGCCCGUGGUGGAGAUCCAACACAAACUUGCUAAAAUUGGCCAGUAUGUCUAUCAACAGCGCGAUAUUGUUUUCCGGUACCAGAGGGUGUUCAAUCCACUCCAAACUUUUUCUAUCUUGGAGCCCAAGCACCCUGGAACAUGCAGAAAUGGAUCUCAACAGAAAGCAACAGUGCAAGAAUCAGCCAUGUCACGCAACUGUAUUGUGGCAGCAAAUGGUGGCUUCUUCAACACCCAUACAGGGGAAUGCUUAGGGAACAUUGUCAGUGAUGGCAGGCUGGUAAGAGACUCUGAGGGUAUUCAGAAUGCUCAUUUUGGGAUAACGAAGGAAGGCUUCCUCUUUACAGGAUACCUGUCUGAGAUUGACUUGCUCCGCUUCAACUUCCAACAGCUGGUUGGAGGGGUUGUAUGGCUGGUACGUGAUGGGCAAGUGUAUGUCCAAGAAAGCCAGAAAAUUGAGUGUCCAGACUCAGAAGAAACAGGAACAAUGGAGAGGUUUGUCAGUGUGAUAUCAGCACGCACUGCCGUGGGACAUGACAGCGAGGGCCGCUUGCUCAUGGUUCAAGUAGAUGGAAAAACAGAUAAUAGAGGGGUGAAUCUCUAUGAGUUUGCUUCACUGUUGAAAGACUUGGGCUUCUUCAAUGCGAUCAAUUUGGAUGGAGGAGGGUCAGCCACGUGUGUCAUUAAUGGAGCAGUCGUCAACUAUCCUUCUGAUGUAUGUGGCAAUAGACAGUGGAACUGUGCCAGGCAGGUUUCAACUAUUUUAUGUGUUCAUGACAUUGAGUGUAAACCCCAUGACUGUUCAGCCCAUGGACAAUGUGUUUUGGGGACUUGUGAGUGUCAUCCACCAUGGGUGGGAGCAUCAUGUAACAUACUGGCCUGUCAGUCAAACUGCAGUGGUCAUGGGACUUGUGAAGAGGAUGGCUGUCACUGUCACGGUGGAUGGAUAGGCAAGACCUGUAGUGACCCAUGUCCAGAGGGGAUGUAUGGCAUCAACUGCUCUAACCUCUGUCAGUGUCUCAACAGUGGGUCAUGUGACCCAGAGACAGGCUACUGUAAAUGUUUGCCUGGCUUCAAGGGCAGGCUUUGUGAAUCAGUGUGUUCAUUUGGAUACUUUGGAAAUGAGUGUAGCCAGAAUUGCCAAUGUCCAGACACUUGUGCUUGUGACCAUGAGACUGGUCAGUGCAGUGUGUCCAACUACCAAGAGGACUACUUAAAAGCUGGUGAAUGCUUGGCACAGGCUCAGGUCAGAAGAGAGAGACUUGUGCCAGAUCAAAGCGAUCAACUUCGGCUGUGGACCUGGAUAACUGGGGUACUAGGCAUCAUUGCCAUACUCAGCGUCAUCUUUAACAUCUGGACCUUGUUUCUGGCUCUCAAAACACGAAAAGGAUCCUCACCAACAAGAGAUAACCUUUAUCGGAGACGAAUAGCGGCCAAUCGACGAAGCAAUAAAUUCUCUUACAAUUCUGCUGAGCUCAUUGCACUGAAAAAGGAAAUAAGAGAAAGUUCCUCAGACACCUCAGAUGAGGCAGAUGAAGAAACUGUGCUCUUCACAGCGAGACUGUCACAACAUGGCACUUUGAGUGUCAGAUAACAGCUGUUUGAUGCACCAACAGGGCUAUCUUUAUCUCACUGUUACAAGCCCACUUCCUGUCAAGUUUCAGCAUUUUCAGAACAUGGUGGACCAUGAUCAUCUGGAAUACCUGCUGAUAAUUUUUUUAUGUAAAAGUGCACACACAUACACAUGCACAAUAUAUAUAGAUAUUAUGAGAGAGAGUGAGAUCGGCGAGUGGGAUGAAUAUGGUGCAUGUAUUUACAGUGUAUUGAUAUAUGUGUGGUGAGAGAAAGGAAAAAUAAAGCUAUAUUAUUAUGCACACAGUCUGCCAAUUCCUGGUAUACCCCAUUCUGUACUGACCUACACGAUCACAGUAACAGUAGUUUCUAGAACUACAUUUAGUGACCAGUUAGCUCUUGGAAUGAAUUCUGGAACUUUCUGAAAUGUUAUUUAAUCUGAGAAUAUUGCUCCAGCAUUAGAUGGUGGAUGAGGAUGGGCUGUUUCUGAACAGUUUAUUGCAAACAAGAACACAAGUAAGCUGCAAGAUGCAAACAUUCCCAUAAAUUCAAGCUUGUCAUUCUGCCUGGUAAUUUUUCCUGCACGAUAUGCAGGGAUAAAAAUUAUCUUAUCACCAGGUGAGAUUAAAACAUAAUUUUUGAAGACAUAUCAGACUACAUUAAUCAGCAAAUUAAUACAUUGUGCAAAUGUAUAAAAAAUGUCUAGCAUGUUAUAAUUUUCACUUACUUGUUAACAGACAAAUCGCUACUCAUUACUGCCAUUCAUCACAGUGAGCGGACUAUACUGAAUAAUAUUUGCCUGUAGAAAAAAGCUCAUAAUUUAUCUUUGAUCAUGAACACAAUGUUUUCUAUUUGUUAACUGUUUUCACUGUUGGAGCAGUUCUUUGAGGAUCUUCUUAACCAGGCAAAGUUGUCAUUUAACCAAGUUUAGCAAAGUUGUGUGUGAAGGUCAAAGGAAACUAAUGGUUUGGGGGUGAAUGUGUGGGACAUAACAUGCUCAGCAAGUCCAAACUUUUUGGCCAAUAUAUUUGCCAGUGAUUUUGGAGCUUGCUCUUUUUAUUUAUUUUGUUGUUUUUGACACUUUUGGACUUUUCCCUGUCAAGAACAGCCUUUAGAGGCUUUGGCAUCUCCCCUGUAUGGAUCUCCCCUGUAUCUUCGCAAUGGUUUCGGGUUUUUAUUAUUGCACUAUUUGAAAUAUCUUCAUUCUUUUUAUUAACUGCUGACAACCCUAAAAUAUUGUUGAUGUGCAUAAGCAAACUGUUGAUUCAUUUUGUUUUUAUCUCCAAUUUAUGCGGUAGACCUUAUUAUUCAAACAGUCACUUUUUGCAUUGAAAAGGACAUAACAUAUUCCUAACUCAUUCUAUACUUGAAAAUUCUUAGUUCAUUUUUUGUGAAGAAGUAACAGUGGAAUUUGUUGUGAAUCUACUAGAAAAAGUUUACAACAUAGUCUUCAAAAUAAUUCAAGCUAUGAUACACUUACAUCAAGUACAAAACAGCACUCUGUAUGUCUGCUGAUUUUUAACACAAACACUUCCACCUAUACACUCUAUCUAGGCUACAGAAUCAAGACUGCUACACGCAUGCAUUUGAUAAGCAGAGGGACAAAUGGAAAGCAUGUGUUCUAAAUCAUCUUCCGCUGAAUGUUUUGAUUUAUGAAGGAAAAAAACUCACCGCUGGAAAUAUCUUGCAACCAUUCUGUCCUGUGCUGAGUGACCUGUUCAUUAUCUCUGUCAUCCAACUUAGAAUCCAAGAAUCUGAUUUGUCAGAAUCUGAAUGUGGCAUCCCAAGUGUAGUCACAACAUUAUACAGAACAAUGCAGGAGAUGGUGAUCUUGCAUACAAAUUCUGGGUCCUAUCUUUAAAAAAAUAUUUUAAAAGCCUGACCUUGGCCAGUUUACCACACAGUUUGGGAUUAUCAUGUUAGCAUUACAAAUCAGCUGACUGUUGAACGAGUGGUGACUCUAUUGACAAAUUCUAUUUCGUUCUCCACUGGUGCUUUAAUUUGUACAUGGGUGCAUCCCAUAACAUUUGGAAGACUGACUUGAUUGUAAAAGCCAUUACUAGGGGUGCCACUUCCUUUUGAAUCAGGGAAUUUAACAAAUUCAUUUAUGCAUGCAGAAAAUGCAUGUAACACAUGAUGUCAUACCAUACGUAAUACCAUAGUUGGUUAAUUCUAAAAAUGUCAACUAUCAUGAUCUGGAAGGACUCUGUAGCAUGAAAUCUCAGUGCUACCAUCAACUGCAUGAUAGGGGGCAAGUUAAACCCUUUCGCUGCAGUGGGUAGUCAAUGUUCUCUUGUAUCAAGCCAAACAGAGACAAGCUAUUGACUCACCAGAAUCGAAAUCAGACAACUCUACGUUGUUGUAUAGAGCAAAAUUAUUUCAUCAAUUACGAAAUAUGUAUGUUCUUUCCUCAAACAUUGUCUAAACAUCAUUGUAAAACACAAUUGUCUCGCUGCCAUCUCCUUUCAUUUUCAAAAUGAAGAAAUCAGAAAUAUUUAAACUUAAGGAUUUAUGCCUGGGGGGAACAGUCUUAAAGUUGAAUAAGAAAUUUUGUACUUAGUGGAUUUAAGUUAACUUGUGCACACCGAUUUUCUCUGCCUAAAGUACUUAAAGUUAGAAGACUUAAGCUCUUAAGCUCACUUUUAAGUUCGCUCAUGCACAUCAUGUGUUAUUUAAUCCAUUUUUCUACAUUCCUGUGUGUAUGCUUUUCAAAUUAUUUCUCCUACAUUGUUCAUGGAAAUAAUGAUUUAUCCAAUAAAGUUAUGUGUUCCUAAACAGGUUGUUAUUAAAAGGUAUAUGCAUGUU